UUGAUAUUGUAUGCCUGCGUGGGGGAGGAGAAGACGUUUUUAGCCCGACAAACGUAUAGUCUUUGUUCAGAAAUUGCAGCUUAAAUAUUCAUAUAGAUUUAAACGAAAUGGACUUUAAAGCUAGACCCCGUGGUUUUUCAGAGGAACCUGAUAAAAUUGACAUGUCCUUAGAUGACAUUAUCCGGUUGAACAAAAAACAAAGACAGACGUCGAGAAAAGCGGCCACAAAACACAAAGUUUCAGCCAAGGGUCGUCUCUCACAAGGAAGGCGGAAGGGAUCUCUACCAGUUGGCCCAAAUCAAAGAGGGGGUGUGGCUAAAUUCGGCAUUCGUGGACAUAAAGUUUCACUACCGGUUAAACGUCGGCGUGGUCAAGGGGUGAUCACUGGCCUGGCCGCUCGGAAGUCAGCCACUCUCUUCAAGGGGAUCAGUCCACUAAACAGACCCGCUGCAGACCAGCUUCCUCAGAAAUCCCGGCCGUUUGUUUACGAAGGGCAGCGCAGGCGCAUGAACAUACAGAGGUGGCCAUACCGGCAGGCUGACGCCCCAAAGCCUCCACACACGCUGUCACGCAGGCCCAUCCAGCUGCGCAGGACGGCACCGCCUAUUCAUCAAGCCCAGAGAGAGGCCCGUCAAGCUACAUUCCUCCACCGAAGAGGUCUGAAGGUUCAAGCUUCAGUUCAGAAGAGCGCUGCAGCUCCUGUUGUGCACAGAACACGUUCGUGGCGCACAUCAACAACAAAUAGUGGAAUCUUGACAGUGUGUAUUGACAAUCCCUCUGCAAGGACACAACCUGAACCAGCCAGAGCAUGGUCUCUGCAUCCUCAGUCCUCGCCUGCACCUGUGAAUGUGGAAAAAGAGCCGGAGAGAAAACCCCCCAAAGGAGUUUCUCUGCAGUUUGAUAUCAACAGCGUUGGGAAACAGACUGCCAUGACGCUCAAUGAGCGGUUCCGCAUUCUGAAGGAGCGGCGUACAACAGCAGCAGCCCAAAGCACUAAGGGGAGCCGAUAUGUCACUGUAGGCUAGUGACACCUUCUGGAGCAAAUCGGUGAAGCUUAUCCUAGGUCACAUGGUUCCCUGUCCCCAUCACAGACCAGCCUUCUGACCCACACUCACUGUUAAUGAGAAAGGGGAACAGGCACUAUCAGAACCUGUGGCAGUCAUGAAUUUAUCAUGAUUUACAGAUGUGGUCACUCGAACACAAUGACUGCUGAUGGUACUGUGUGCUAUUCCUUCAGCCCAAGAAGACUUAAUUUCGUAAUAUGACUGAAGGUUUCUUUUUUAAUUUGAAACUGCCAUUGUACUUGCAGUGUCUGUUUGAGAUGAGUUCAGUUUGUUUUAUGCAUUCAAGUCAUUGAUUGUUUGAUUUCAGAUAAUGGAAGCAGGUGAGGGUUAAUUGUGAAAUCAUAGCCCAAAAUUUUAACCUUCCUUUUGUAAACAAACAUGAUGCACUGGAAUAGUCAAAUGUUUGUUUGAGACAUGUUUUUUUAAUGAGCAGUUUGUUUUAUAUUUCAAAUAAACUUUUGUUAAAUGUU